GAAGCCUGAUCCCAGAGCCGGACGAUUUGCCCUUCCUCAACGUGCUUCUGGACAGGUUUGGGGCCAGUGUACGCUAUCUGAAGAUAGCAGGGCAUGGGCCAAACCGCCUAGGUUCCAAUGCUUUGGCUUUGCAGUUGGCGAAAUGCAAGAACCUAGAGAAGCUGUCUCUCAGUGGGUUUCGUGGCCGGGAUCUUGAGAAUUUCUGUCAGUCCAGAUGCCACAUGCCCACGCUACGAUUCUUGACUAUCGAGUGUGACCCCUAUUUCAACCUCGGAAGCUUUUCUCACAACACGGGAGCUCACAUGGCGUCUCUUCCCAUAUCGUGGUUGACCUGCUUUCCUAACUUGGAGGGCCUGGUCUGUGAUUAUCUGAAAGUUGAGGCCUCUGACAUCUCAGAGGAUGCAGAAGCUUGUGAUGCGGAUAGCACGGAUUCGGAGGGGGAGGUAGUAUUCCUGGACUCCACGGCCAAUCCUUUAGAUGUUACUUCCCGUCUUUCAGAGCCCGAGCAGCUAGAGCAGCCAGAGCAGGCGGAGACUUCGGAGCGCAGUGGACCUUUGCCCAGAGAGCCCAGGGAGCCAAGGGAGGGGGAGGGUCAAGAGCCCUCAGUCAGCAGCGAGUCGCGUGAGCGGGAGUCUCGUGGUAGGCACGCAGUGCCAGCUCUGGAGCUGCCCCUUGCUGCCCUGUCCCCACGCCGGGAAUCUAGGGAGUUGAAAAAGGAGAGCCGGGAAGGCUCCGAGGCAGAGCAGCCGCAGCUGAAGAAGCUGAAGGAUCUGAGUUUUGUUGCAGUGGUGAGGGGCAGUGGCUCCACUUGGCAUUCCUCACACUGUCGAUGUGAUCUCUCGGUUCUGGCACGCCUUGCGCCCGGUCUGCGGCGUCUCUUCGUGCGCAGUCCGAAUAUUGCCCUUGGCCGGAUGAGCCGGCGGCCGGGGCAACGGAUUGAAGGCUUGAUCAGGGUUGGAGCUUCAGAUGUCUUGGCUGCGAAGCUUCGCCGAACUAGCAGUGCCGCAGCCAGUCCGGCGAGUGUCUCUGCAUUUCAUAGUUUUGCAGUUUCUGAGCAGCACUUGCCUCUGCUGCAGUGCCUGCAGAAGUUUCAAGAGCAGAAGGACCAGAAGGAGCAAACAGACCUUCAGAUGCAGGAAUUCGAAGUAGAUAUAGUUGAGGCAGCCUAA